AUGUCUGUGCCUUCAAAUACUCCUCUUUCUUCUUCACCUAAUGAUGACAACCCUUUGCCAGAAUCUUCUUCUCUACCUCCUGCUCAAAACUCAUCUCCACAUAGCCAACAAUCCCCUUCGUUUGUUCCAAAUGAAAAUGAAAGAUCAUUCACUCAUGUACCUCUAUCGAGCUCUUCCUUAGUUGUUAAUCAACAUCCAAUGGUCACACGGGGCAAGAAUAGGAUUCUUAAGCCCAAAAUAUUUGUUGUGGAGUAUGUUGAAGAAGAGCCUCUAAAUGUUAAAGAGGCAUUAAAAUGUUCUCAUUGGGUUCAAGCUAUGACAGAAGAAUUUAAAGCCUUGAUUGCUAAUGACACAUGGUCUUUGGAGUCUCAACCUUCUAAUAAAAAGGUAUCAUAUCCUGAGUGGUGGUUUGUUUCUGUCACAAAAGAAAUAUAUAUCAGAUCUGUUAUACAAAGCAAAGAUGCAAGAUGCAAAGUCUUAGCUACUCCAAUCGUUAAUGGGUCUGUUUUAUCAGCAUUUCAUGGUGAAAGAUUUGAUGAUGUAAGGUUGUAUAAAAGCAUAGUUGGAGCUUUGCAAUAUGUAACCUUAACAAGACCAAAAAUCUCUUAUAGUGUAAACAAAGUUUGUCAAUUUAUGCACUCUCCAAAUUGUCUUCAUUGGCAAGCUGUCAAGCGUAUCCUAAAAUACUUAACAGGAACAAUUGAUCAUGAGCUAUUGUUUAAGAAGCCAAAAGACUUGACUAUUUUAGGCUUUGAUGAUGCUGAUUGUGCCUCAAAUUCAGAUGACAGGAAAUCAACAUUUGGAGUUUGUGUAUCCUUUGGAGGAAACUUGAUUCAAUGGGCUUCAAAGAAACAAACAAUUAUUUCCAGAUCAAGUACAAAGACUCAAUAUAGAAGCUUGGCUCUUGCUUCAUCAGAACUGGUGUGGUUAUAUUCAUUAUUCACAGAUUUACAUAUUUGA